UUCUGUGGAGGCAGCAUGGCUUCCCAAUGUGCUCCCCUCCUGCUGCUUGCCUGUGUGGUGGCCCUGCCUGCCAUGAGUCUCAUUGAUGCUGCCCAAGACCUGACCCUCCUCAGUCGAUCUGUCUCGAAUAGCAGUCCAUCAGCUCUCAGCGUGCUGACAGACGGUGAGAUCCGCCUGGUGAAUGGCUCCAAACCCUGCUCUGGACGGGUGGAGGUCUGGUACCACAAUGAGUGGGGAACGGUGUGUGACGACGGCUGGGACCUGAAAGAUGCCUCUGUGGUCUGUAGGCAGCUUGGCUGUGGGGAAGCAGUGUCAGCUCCAUCUCAAGCUUUCUUUGGAAGUGGAUCCGGACCUAUUUGGCUGGAUGAUGUUAACUGCAUUGGGAACGAGAGCCUGCUCACUCAGUGCACGCUGAGGGCCUGGGGACAACACAACUGCAGGCACAGCGAGGAUGCAGGCGUCGUGUGCUCAGGUUGGCCCAAGGACUGCAGUGAGCUCUCUGCAGGCAGCCCCAGCGGCGUCUACAUCAUCCAGCCCUCAGGGCUGCACCCCCUCGUGGUGUACUGCGAGAUGAACGUGACGGACGGGGGCUGGACGGUCAUCCAGAGGAACAGCCACAACACAGACAUCACCUGGGCCGAGUCCUGGAGCACCUACAAGUACGGCUUUGGGAACGUGCGCGGCGACUACUGGCUGGGCACCGAGUACAUCCACCAGAUCGCCAAGCAGAAGGUCUACCAGGUCAGGUUCGUCAUCCACGAUGCCUCCAACAACGUCAGGUUCGCAGACUACAACCUCUUCAGUCUGGACGACGAGGCCCAGGGCUACCGGCUGCGGCUGGGCUCCUACGCGGGCACAGCGGGGGAUGCCAUGGCUUUAGCCAAUUCCGCCACUGUGCACGACAACAUGAAGUUCUCUGCUAAGGACUUGGAUCAGGACACCAACAGCGGGAACUGUGCCUCCGCCAACGGGGGCGGCUGGUGGUAUUCGUCCUGUUACUCCGUACGGCUCAAUUUCAAGGGCGGCUUGACGUGGAGCGGUCUGUGCAGCGGCAACUGCAGAGCUUCUGCCAUCCUCAUCAAACCAGCUACCUACUGCUAGCUGCAUUUUCCUUUCCUUUCUGUCCAACCUGUGGCUAAGACUUGCUCGGCAAAGGGGUAGAAAAGGUAAAACGUGCCAUGGCCAGACCUGAUGCGUCAUGGGUCUUUGCUGAGGUUUGCAUCCCAGCUACUGAAGAAAAUGAGCCGUCCUCCAUUCUCCCUCCUUUAGGUCUCUUCUGCUCCUCAAUUCAGCCUUUAUUCUUUUGCUCAGAUCCAGGUCAUUUUAAUUGUGUUAAUAAUCAGAACAGUUGCUCCCAAAACCUGGAGUUUCCAGAUGUGCAAUGUGCCUCAAAUAAAAUGUGAAACAGCCAAACUGCAAUGCAUCUCUAUGGCUGUGUGAGCUGAUUGACAUCUUUAACUUCAGACAAACAACACAACUUUCACUUGUAGAAAGAUUAAAAUCUGUCGAUCAGGAUUGCACAAAUUUCCACUCUUUGCCUUCU